ACCUUGGUCGGAGAGGUUGAUUUGAUAUAGGUAGCCUUUCGCUCUGAAAUUCAUACAGUAUCCAGGCCAUCGAUCCACAAUGGCCCAUAUUUUGUCAAGUGGCCGAUGGCCGCUGUAGGAGUGACUAUGCAAAUCAAGCGUGUGAAAAUACAUUUGGGUUGAAUUGAGGGCUGUAACUUGAUUGGGCGGCAUUGUUCGUUCAAACUGGAGGUGGCAAAGUAUCCGCUACAUUUGUUUCCACCAUGUGCGCUUUGAUGUAAGAUCAGACAGUGAUAGUUCUGUUGGAUAAGAAUUUAAACUUUUGCUGAAAUUCCACCAGAUAGUGAACGCAGUAGCGGAGAUAAGAUGAUGCAGGCCCCUGAUGAUUUCCAAGGAAAGCACAAUGAGACAAUCAUUAGUUGUAUGUUGGUUGGGGAUGGUGCUGUGGGGAAAACCAGCAUGAUUAUAAGUUACAUCUCAAAUGGAUACCCAAACGAAUACCGUCAGACGGCCUUUGACGUCUUCACCGGAUUGGUUACAGUAGAUGGGAUUCCAGUACAAAUCCAGUUGAUGGACACUGCAGGACAGGAGGAGUUUGAUAAUUUUCGCUCUGUGUUUUACAAUCAAAUAGAUGUCUUCAUCAUUUGCUUCAGUGUUGUCAACCCAGUGUCUUUCCACAACAUCACUUCAAAAUGGAUCCCACAGAUCCGCACCUUCAAUUCUGCUUCACCCAUAAUUUUAGUGGGGACCCAGUCUGACCUCCGGCAUGAUGUUGGCAUCCUUAUCCAUCUGGACCAGCUGAGGGUCAAGCCAGUGGUGAACUCCCAGGCCAGGCGUCUGGCAGAGAAGAUCAGAGCCCACGACUAUGUGGAGUGUUCCGCACUGACCCAGAAGAACCUAAAAGAAGCAUUUGACUCUGCUAUCUUUGCUGCCGUCAAGCACAAGGCCUGUGAGAAAGCAAAGAAGCUCAAACUAUUUGGUCGUGCAAAGACUUUUUCUAGUGGGGGGUGGAAGAAGUUCUUCUGCUUCAUGUGAUCCAAUGGCAUCACCACCUCAAUACAGGACACAAAACCCCCUGGUGUUGAAUACUAGAGGGUGGCAGUAGCCACUGGCUGGAUUACUAAGAGUUAUUUAUUCUGGACAAAAGUUGUCAGAUGUUGUGCUUAUUGAACUCAAAAGCCAAAAGUUCCCCCAGCAACCUGUGAUAGCCUUCCACCAUUGUAUGCACUGUGGCAAGUCUUUCUUAUUCACAGGAUUCAGACAGCAUUGUAUUGCAGUUGGUGUCACGGCCUAUUUGCGACCUGACUAUCACUUUUCUAGCGCAUAUACUGCAUAGUCAAGUAUUUUGUUUGUAGGCUUUAUAAAAUGUGAAUAUCUUCCAGCCAUAUAUGCUUCUUGUGGAAGCCACGUUUCAAACAAUGUUUGCUUUGUCGUUUUAUGUCACGUUUACUUGUCUCGUUACACAUUUCACUUUAAGUGUUAAUUUUUUUGUUUAUUUUAAGAAAUUAAGAGUUUGUAAAUGUGAAAAUAUAAAAUCAAGAAUGGGUCGGCAGGUAGCCUAGUGGUUAGAGCGUUGGGCUGACAAGGUAAAAAAUCUGUUCCCCGGGAGGCCGCCAUUGUAAAUAAGAAUUUAUUCUUAACUGACUUGCCUAGUUAAAUGAAGGUUCAAUUUAAAAAUAUAAAGAUAAUGUAGAUCAGUCCUCAUUAGAGUAGUUGUAGAAAAUUAUAUUCACUAAUGCCUUGGACCUUAUUUUAAUUUACUCAUGUGAGCUCCAUUUUAUGGUAAGGUAUAUUGAUCACUGAGGGAGGCCAACAGUCUGAGGUAAAUCCUCAGACAACAGAGGGAAAGACAGAGUUGAGAAUAUUCUCACCACAGGGUUUUGUUACCCAGCUCACCAACAAGGGACUACGGUCACCUGCUGUCACAUUGAGGAUCCAAUUUACAAGACAAAGCCUCUCCAUUAAAGCUGUUCCCUUUGCCUUUGUAAUACAGCAAAUUGGUUUAAGCCUUGGAAAGAGGAAAGUCAUAAUAUAUAUAUAUAAUCGAUUGCUGAGUACUACAUCGACGUGCACAGUUGUUGGGUAUUAGAAACCUUGUGCGUAUUCAUUACAGAAACUUUAAGAACCAAACGGAAACAUGGAGGGAACUACCUGAAUUUGUCCAAUAGAAACUUUUACGUUUGGAGUAAACAUCUGUUGCAAAACAUUUUGCAACGGAGUCGGCGUAAUGAUCACAGCACUGGAAAAAAGUCCAAAGUGAUUUGCUUAAGACAGAACAUAUUUUUUUAUUUGUAUGAUAAGUGGUAAAAUGAAUGUGCUAUAAAGGAGUCAACAAUUGAACUACUGAGUGAUUAUACUAUAUAGCCUGCAUACAAGGCCUAAUGUGUCUACUGGAUAAAGUUGUGUGUUAUGUAAGGGUGGCUGUGUUCCUGGGGAUCGGCAGGUUAGUGUUCGGUGUGAGAGGGGCAGGUUGAAGUGGUCAGAGUAGUGCAGAAGGUGUCCUAUGCUGAGGCAGUGAAGACA